AUGCCGACCGCUACAGUGUCUAGGCUUCCCAAGUUUACCCCCUCUUCGCGCCUCACCAAGCCUGCGCUCAGCCCCAGUAACUCUGCUAACGCGAAUGCUAAAGCUAAUGCUAAUGUCGCAAUGGGCCAAGCUGCCUCUGUGAACGGAGCUCACCCCAUUAGCGCUGUUGCUAGCCGUCUCAGUAACGGCUUCUACCAGAGCUGCAGCGCAAGGAGCACUGUGAGUGUUAAACAGAGCGUUCGCGCACCGGUUAGCUUUGCUGCUAAAUGGCGCAAGGAGAAUGUGCAGGACGCGAGCGCCGACUUUGAGUACAAGUCCGGGAAGAGCCCAACAAGCAGGAAGUCUCCGGUGAGAAAGACCAGCCCCAGAGCCGUGCCGAGGUCGAAGGUUGCGCAAAGAUCAGGUCUGAACUGUCUGCGGCAGAACGGGCCAACAGCACGAAGCGUCUCCCCGGCAACCAGCAUCACCCCGGCAACAGUGAAGAAACAGGAAGCACAACGAUCCCACUCCAGUGACGGGAUCGGGCCGGCACAAAGCGCGUCUCUUAGGGCGAGUGACAGGGAGCGGUCGCGGAGCCUGACUCAGGUGCAGAGGCCGAAGAGCAGAGCGUACUCCACCAACCGCAAGACAAUCACUCCGCCCACCGCCGCCGCCACUGUCAUCGUGAAGAAACCGCUGCUGCAGAACGCCGGCGCCACAUUCAAGAUCAGAGCCGCCAUGCUCAAAGAGGUGGGGCCAGUGCGCGUCCAGAGCCAACCACGAAGAAACCUCAGGAGGGGGUCCAUCGAGACGCCCUCAGAGACUAGUCCAGGCUCUUCCCCCACAGCUCCAGGCUCCAGUGAGGCCUCCUCAGAUCAUGGAUCCCAGACAGAGGCCUCUCUUCUGGUGGAGCGGCUGGAGGACAUGUCCCUGUCCUCCACCUCCUCUCUGGAUCAUCACACCAGUCAGGAGUACAUGGACGACUUUGACAACCUCGGUAAUGGGAGCGUGGCCGUGCUCCUGACCUCUUGUGGGAACCAAGACGAUGACGACUCUGGUCUGGACCGCUCCCGCUUCCACAACAACGAAAGGGGGAUCAUCAGCAACAGCGUCUCCACAACAACAGAGCUGUGUUUCCUCGACGACGGGCUGGACUGGAAUCACCUGCGACUCACGGCAGCAGAGCGGGAGCUGCGCAGACUCCGGAGACGACGCUCCAGUCAGCAGGACUUCCACAGCCAGUGUGGCUCGUCUCUGGACCUGUCUCCCUCUGACAGCUGUGGGUCUGGGGGGACGUUCCUCUGGGACGAGGAGGUGGAGCCUCUCGGGGGCUCUGUCCUCCACGCUCACACAGCCCCGGUCCAGGUCCAGGACCGGACUCAACCCGGACCCAACCAAGACCAGAACCAGACCAGACCAGAGCCAAACAGGAGCAACUCGAUCCAUGCAGGAAGUCUGCAGUCGGAGAUCAGUGACGUGUUUAACGAGUUGGACUCCUGUGACUUGGACGAUGAUGACCUGAUGCUGGACGUGGAUUUACCCGAGGACUCAAAGUCCAGUGAAGGAGGAGCUCACAUGGCAGAGUGGAGGAGACGGCAACUUUGCUGGACACACACUGAGAGUGACUUCACAGACUCUGAGAGGAACCAGAGGAAGGGCUCUGAACUGACCCUGGAUCUGUGUCUCAACAGUGUGAAGACUGCUGCUCUGGAGCUCGAUGUAGAGACGCUGCUCGUCGACUGCUCAGACGUGAAAUCUCAGCUGGAGCAUUUGCAGAAAGUCCUCUUCACUCAGGACGACGAUGCAGAUGAAGACACGCUGACCACAGACACACUGAGUCCAGAGACCGAGUCCUCCUCUGACGGGACCGAGACCCAGGUGGAGGUGCUGCUACAGGAAGUGCUUCAGCUGCGACAGGAAGUGAGGAGCAGAGACCAGACCAUUGCCGAGCUCUCCCUGCAGCUGGGCGCAGUGUCGGCCGCGUCCAGCAGGUGUCGCUGUGAGGCGCAGAGGACGGAGGUUCAGACUCAGACCAGAGAGACGGAGACUCAGAGUGUGGGCUCACAGACCAGCCACAGCACGCUGCUGCCUCCUCCUCCUCUCCUCUUCCUCUCUCCUCCGUGGCAGUACCAGAGAUCCAGUCCCUUUAGAACCAGGACUAAACCAGGACUGAUCCCGGUCUGUGCCAACAAACCCUCAGAUACUUCAGUCCAUUCACAGCCUCCAGGACCCACUGAGCCACCAAUCAGGAAGUCCCGCUGA